AAAGCCUGGGGAAGAAAUUCGCAAGGCUGGCGGUGACAACCUGACGACACGAGGCUGUCCUAUACGGGCGGGGCACGUUGGUGUCUUAAAGAGGAUUAGAGCCAGGUUUAAUUUGGAGCGAAAUUCCAAAACAUCCGCUAAAACAUCCUUAAAAACGCGCUCGCAGCAGGCAAAUUCUUCAGAGUUUUUUACCUGAAACACUUCACUUACAGAAAUCACAGAAGAUGUGGAUUGCUUUUUUUCUGUUGAGUGUUUGUGCACUCUGCUCUGCAGAUCGGUAUAGACAACGGGCAGAGGAGCUAAUGAAACAAACUCCUCUUAUUGAUGGACACAAUGAUCUCCCCUGGCAACUUCUACUGAGCUUUCACAACCAACUAAGCAAAGUGGAUCUGAACCAGCUAAAUGAAACCCACACUAACAUCCCCAAAUUGAGAAAAGGUCUUGUUGGAGGACAGUUUUGGGCUGCAUAUACGCCAUGUAACACCCAGUACAAGGAUACUGUGAGGCAAACCCUGGAACAAAUUGAUGUCAUAAAGAGAAUGUGUGUGAAGUAUCCUGAAACUUUCCAAUGUGUAGUUUCAAGCAAGGAAAUACGCGAAGCUUUCAAAAUUGGUAAACUGGCCAGUUUAAUAGGCAUAGAGGGCGGACAUUCCAUUGACAGCAGCAUGGCUACACUACGCCUCUUCUUCGAGCUGGGCGUACGUUACAUGACCCUCUCACACAGCUGCAAUACGCCAUGGGUUGAUAACUGGCUUGUGGAUACAGGUGAAGACCCAGCAGGCAGUAAUGGACUGUCGGACUACGGAAAGAAAAUUAUUGGAGAAAUGAACCGAUUGGGAAUGAUCAUUGAUUUAGCACACACUUCCGUCAAGACAAUGAAUGAUGUCCUGAAAAUUUCAAAGGCUCCUGUCAUAUUUAGUCAUUCAAGUGCCUAUGCCAUGUGUAAACAUAGACGCAAUGUACCAGAUGACAUUUUGAGAAAAGUGAGUGAGAAGAAUGGUAUCGUAAUGGUGAACUUCUUCAACGACUAUGUUACUUGCAAGCCUACAGCUAACCUAUUAGAUGUGGCAGAUCAUUUUGACCACAUUAAAAACGUUGCUGGUUACAAAGCUGUGGGAUUUGGUGGUGAUUAUGAUGGCGUUCACAGAGUUCCUGAAGGUCUGGAUAAUGUGUCCUACUAUCCUGAUUUAGUAGCUGAACUACUGCGGAGAAAUUGGACUGAUGAAGAAGUGACAGCAGCCCUUGGAGAAAAUUUUCUACGGGUUUUUCAGCAAAUAGAGGAAGUAGCGAAGAACUCAACCUCUCCUGCAGAAGAUGAGCCCAUUCCAUAUGAUCAGGUUCGGAAUCAAUGCAGGACUGGCUAUGGUUACGGCGAUCAAAACAAUAAUGGAAAUCCACUGGUCUUGAUGCCUGCAGUUAUCACAGCAGCUUCUCUCACCUACCAUUUAUUAGUGUAAGGGCCAAGCAAGAUAAAAGGAAGCUGCAGCCCCUGAGCAGAACACUCAUUCAAUAAAGACAACUUGGCUAAAAGGAAAAAAUGUAGUAGAAUUUUUGCUAGGUUUCUUCUCAUCUUUCUGCAGAACUAGCAAAGAUCCUGAGGAUAUGGGCAUAAUUGUCUAUUUCUGCUCUUUUAACAGAACUCUUCAGUGUUAACGUCAUGCACAAGUACACCUUUGCCUAUAAUAUAUCGCUUUAACACACAACCUAAACCAGCACCCAAUGUUGUACUGUUAACCAUUCUUAGAAGCCAUUAAGUUUAUAAGUAAGAACUCAAACUCCAAAU